CACUCGACAAAUUACAGUUUUAUUAUGUUCAUAUUUGUCUUGUGCGUUUCACUGUGGGCCUCGGCAUCGGGUGCAGACCACAGAAAUGCUUUAGCAUAUUUAUCACAACAUAGCGAAUACUCAACAUUUGUGAGUCUGUUCAAACUGGCCGAUUUGGAAUGGCAACUGGAAAAUGCACACAUAACGGUGCUGGCCCCAACUAAUGCGGCGUUUGCGGCGAUACCUGCCCACGAACUGGCCGAGUUGAAGAACAAUACCGCUGAACUGAAGAAGAUGCUGUUAUACCACAUCAUUAACAGGACGGUGGUCACGGCCAACAUCGGACACCAGCUGAGUGUAAAAACUCUGUCUGGAUCUGAGCUCACGUUCAGAGAUUAUGGUCACACAGUGCUAGCAGGAAGUGCCACCAUGAUUGGAUCUGACAUUAUCGUCUCCAACGGCGUCGUGCACACGGUGUCCGACCUGUUGAUGCCGCCGCCCAAUCUGACGAUCAGUCAGUACAUUAUCAAGAAUGACGCAGAACUCAAGGAUUUCUUCGCAGCUGUUAUUGUGGCUCAUCUGGAGGCCACACUGGAGGGUGGAAAAUUCACGGUAUUUGCUCCGACCGAUGAGGCCUUCAGGAAGUACGGGAAACGAUUCCCCCCAGACCUGCUCGGAGUACGACAAUUCGUCCGCAACCACCUCGUGCAUGGCAUUUACUUGACGCCUGAUUUGACCAACCGAACUCUCCCAUCACUGGCGGGCCACACCAUUCAUGUAUACUCAGACUCAGGUGGCGUGACGGUGGAAGGUGCUAAGAUAAUUCGACCGAACAUCUUUCUUCUGAACGGCGUCGUGCACGUAGUCGACAAGGUUAUUGAUUGACCACAGUGGUGUUGUUACCCUGCGUGAACGGACCGCGAUGUCGUGUCGUGCAUAUGGAUAAUGUUACGUUCGUUUUGAAGAGAAUUAUAUAAUACACAUACUUGUAUAAUAA